GCUAAAAUGCACAGCAUCCUCGGCAUUGUAUUUAUAUGAUAGCAUGUUGAACAGUACGCCGUGGCAUGUGGGUGGGUAGCGUUUCAAGAUGAAUACCAGACAAACGAACUAAGCUACAGCGUAUGUCUAUUACUGCCAGCACAGCAUCGAGAAGCUGGGGCUGAUGUGUUCUUAACUGCCAGUAAAACAAUGGAACCUCUUCUAGACUGAAGCACAUUUUCAGAUUCUAUAGCAAGCAGGAAUGGCAAUAGCAGCUAUCAGCUCUCAUACAGACAAGUGAUUGGCAUUCCCAGUUUAAAUAACGUGUUAACUGAGACCCAAACCAACAAGGGCAGCUACCAUUGUUAAUCCUUCAGUCUGAGCUGUAGCUGCUCGCGAUGCGGUUGCCGAUGUUGCAAAAUCUACAUAGUCUGGUAAUAAGGAUAUCAUUAUAAACUGCUGUAAUUAUUAUCCUGACUUCCAGUAAAUAAUGCAGCACAAUGCGGGUGGGUUCACAGUCAUAUGACUGUUCGUAAGUGCCGUAUGUGAAAGAGAGAUAGAACUGAACAGGAUUUUCAUCUAUUGGAGUAAUAAUAAUGGCGGAGCCUUUGGUCACUGGGACACCACCAAAAUCGCCUGUUGCAAGCUUCUUCAGAAGGGUAUGUACUAGUUACACUUGGAGUGUAUUUCGAAAUAAGGGUAACGAAGGUCCAGAAGGAUAUGAAAGCCUCAGCGAUCUAACAAAUGCAUCUAAAUCGAACCAAAAAGUAGACCAUUCCAAAACAGACGCUGACCGGAAUUCUUCCGGCAAUCAUUCUGAUGAGGACGCUGACGGUAUGGAGGGAAAGACGGAUGCUGACAAGGAAGAAGAAAGGCAGAUCCCUAAAGUAGCGCCCCCUUCUCCUCGAUUAGAUCACCUUAACGCAGAGGAAAUUGGAAAAUUAACAAACGUCUUUAAGAAGCUAGAAACUAUGGAGCAAGAGGAAAAAGAAUUUGUAAAGAACCAGCAAGAAAGACGGGAUUCAAUGAAUGACCAGGUGUCCCUUUUGGAACGACAGCAGGAGAAAAAGACAGUAAGGCUGUGUAUGUUGUGUGACUCGGCGACCAUAUGGGACGGCGUAGGAAGGGCGUGUCACUUCUGUAAGAAGAGAGCCUGCUCGAAGUGCAGAACCUACGUUGAACCACCACCAACUGGAAAGGCGUGGAACAUUACCAAGUAUUUUAAGGGUUACUGGGUAUGUAAUGUCUGCUACCUAAACCUCGACGUUCUCCAGAAGACUGGAAAAUGGUGUCAAACAGACUCUGACGAAGGGGAGGAGGUGCCCGUCAGAACGUCAGCAGACUUCUUUAAAAAAGUUGCCACUGACUGGGGACCAGAUGAUGAAUUUGAUGGCUGCAAGCCAUAGACCUGGAUGAAGAGUAUACCACUUCCAGCAGAAAGAGCACAGCAAAAAGAAAGUAGAGGUCUAACCAACAUUUAAUCCAGCUUGGGUGUUAUCUUGUCCUGAUUCAUGAUUCAGGAAUUAUUAGAUUAUUAAUACUCAACAUAGAUUCAAAACGGUUGCAUGGGCAUGUGUACCAUGACUUAUGAUAAGUUGUAGCCAACGGCAAACAUUUAACAUCAAGUUAUACAUGUUUGGUGUUGAUGGUUUCUGCUGUUCUCGAGCUGUUCUCAAUAAUAGCAAUGUUGAAUUUCUUCAUUUGAAAGAUUGAUGAAUAUUUAACUUAAUUUAAUGAAUAUUUAAUUUAAUGAUCUGUUUAAGAGAUCCUUUGACCCCCUUCAUCCAUGAUUGUUCAAUAAACAGUAUUGCUACAGAGUAUUCCGAUCACCUGCUUCCUAGUUGUUAUAGAUUUGGUAAUAUAGAUAUUUGUUUUUUUCUUGAAAGUAUGAUGUAUAUCUUGAAAUAUAAGAUAAACUUUACAUAGUGUCUGACUUUCGGUAAGGGUUGAGUUCUAGGGUGGAAUGGAAAGGCCAGUCGUGGGAAGAGACGUUUUAUCGGUAAAUAUAUAUUAAGCAUUCAUUUUCAACUUUUGCUUUCGAGCAAUAGAUAUUUGAAGAGUUUCAGCCGCCAUCUACUGUUGGAGGACGAAGGCAUAGGUCCUACUUGUAGAACAAUAUGA